AUGGACAAGAGGGGAGCCUUUGAUUAUAUUCUCCUCGAAACUACUGGACUUGCUGAUCCCGGAAACCUAGCUUCGAUCUUUUGGGUUGAUGAAGGUCUAGGAAGCAGCAUCUACCUUGAUAGUAUUGUAACCCUUGUCGACGCGAAAAACAUUCUCCAAACUCUCAAUGAUGAGAGAGUAAAACACCCAAUUCGUGAACAGAAUGAGGUCCAAGAAAAUGAGCCAGUGCCAACCAUAGCACAUCUCCAAAUAUCUCAUGCCGAUGUCAUUAUAAUUAACAAGGCUGACCUUAUUAGUGAAGAUGAGUUGUUUCGCGUGAAGGAAAGGAUCCGCGCUAUCAAUGGAUUAGCAAAGCUUCACGUUACUGUUAAAGCUCAAGUACCCCAUUUAAAUGGGGUGCUUCUUGAUCUAAAUGCAUAUACUGAUGCAAGAUCAUUGGAGAGCACUCCAAUAGGACACAGUGUCUUAGACCCGACUAUAGUAACCACUGCAUUUACUUUACCAACACUCAAAUUAGAACAACUCCCUUUGAUUGACGAAUGGCUUCGUUCCAUCCUUUGGGAAUUUGUGCUACCUAAUACAAACGCAAGCUCAGAGAAUAUUCAGAAACCACCAUUUAAAUUUGAAGUUCACCGCUUGAAAGCAAGCCUUCCCCUAUCAAAUGGGGACUUAAAGAUAGUUCAAGGUGUGAGAAGCAUGUUUGAGAUAUUAGAUGCACCAUAUAAAUCUAGGUCUACUAAAGCCAGCACCGAAGGAAAAUUUGUCCUGAUUGGCAGGGGUAUUCAAUGUGAAGAAUUUCAACAAAGUCUUCUAAAAGCUAUCGCAUCUUGA